GACCACCAUGUACCAUCUUCUGAAGGGAUUUCAUGAAUAUCUUACAAGAAAGGAGGAAUUCUCCGUCAUUAUUGUCGGUUUAGAUGGUGCUGGCAAGACUGUCAACCCUUCUGGAGAAGAUCAAGACACUAUACAAUGAUACUCCUGGACUUUCUCCUGACAAGAUUGCUCCCACAGUAGGCCAAAACACCGGCAAGAUCACAUUGCCCUCUACUAUUCUGCAAUUUUGGGACCUGGGUGGUCAGCGGGGCAUACGAUCUAUAUGGCACAAGUACUACGAUGAUUGUCAUGCUGUAGUCUUUGUCAUCGAUGCGGAAGACCGUGAACGUUUGGGCGAGGGCUGGGAAGUCUUUGAUAGUGUGCUCUCCGCUCCGCAAAUUCUUGGAGUACCUCUUCUUCUGCUAGCAAAUAAGCAGGAUAGUCCGCAGAGUCUGACCGUCGAGGAGAUUCGAAAUAGCUACGAGGAUUGGUUUAGGAAUAAGGAAGAGAGUUCCCGGAGACGAUAUGGCGAGGAUGAUGUUCACGAUCGUCGGAGAGAGCGUAUCGCUAGCUUGGAUGUCAUGGGUAUUUCUGCUCUUGAGGGAACUGGGGUUCGUGCCGCUGUUGACUGGCUAUUUAUACGCGUGCAGAAUAGUAGACGGAGAGAAGAGCAGAACAGCGGUUCAUGAGCGUCAGGACGAUGUGUCCUGAGGUUCAACGGUUCGCUACUCUCGCGUCUUUUUAUUUCUACUGUAUUGCUAUUCGUCGUAGUGUAUUAUUACUCUACACUCUGAAAUUGACCUUGAUACUCAUGAGUUGAU